CUAAACACCUAAAUACACACACACAUAAACGCACACGGCAAAAUUUUCCGUCUCUUCUUCCUUUCUCCACAGACCACUGAGCUUCUCAUCUUCUACAAAGUCAAGAAAACAGGUGAAAAAAAAGGAGUGUGACGCCUGGGAAAAGAAAACAACAUGCUUUCUUGCAAACCAAUCUUCUCUAAACAACCCUCUUCUCUGUUCUUCACAUCUAUAGUCAUCUUAUUUAUUUUAUCUACACUUGGUGAAGCUUCUGUAUUUGAUUACAUUGAAUCCUCCUCCCCUUUCAUCCCAGGUGAGUUUGAUUUGAGCAAAAAUGGAGCCGUUUCAAGGGAAAGCGAAAGAAGUACCAUAAGGAAUGGCCACAAUGGUGGUGGGAGUGGGAGUUCUUCAUCCUUAGUACUUGCUGCAGACAGAACACACAGAAAAGAUCCGUCUGACAACUUAAACUACUAUACCGGUGGAUGGAAUAUCAGCAAUGAGCAUUACAUCUAUUCUGUGGCAUUCACCGGUGCUCCGCUUUUCUUCAUUGCCGCGGUUUGGUUUUUGGGGUUUGGCCUUACAUUACUAUUGAUUUGUCUUUGUUGCUGCUGUUGUCGAAGAAAUCCCAAUGGUUACUCUCUGAGUGCUUACGUGCUUUCACUUAUCCUUCUCUCCUUAUUUACCAUCGCUGCAAUCAUUGGUUCCGCGGUUCUGUAUGCAGGACAAGACAGGUUUCACAGUAGUACAAAGGGCACACUAGACUUUGUUUUGGCGCAAGCAGAUUCAACCGUAAACAAGCUGAGAAAUGUGUCGACCGUUCUGGCUAUGGCCAAAAGCACGGGCGUUGCUCAAAUAUUUCUACCCAGAAAUGUUCAAAGCGACAUUGAUAAGGUUGAUAGGACCAUCAAUUCUUCUGCUGAAACUCUUGAAACGGAAACGAGGAAGAACAAGAAGGACAUCCUACACGUUCUUGACCUUGUGGGACAGAUUCUCAUAGUUUUAGCUGCUGUUAUGCUUGCCUUGGCUGCUCUUGGUUUUCUUUUUUCUCUCCUUGGCCUCCAGUCUCUUGUCUACAUUCUUGUUUUCACGGCAUGGAUUCUCAUUGCUGCCACAUUGAUCUUGAGCGGGGUGUUUGUGCUCUUACAUAAUGUGGUGGGAGACACGUGUGUUGCCAUGGACGAAUGGGCGAAAAAUCCCAAGGCUCACACAGCAUUGGACGAUAUUAUUCCGUGUGUCGACCCUCAAGCUGCUCAAGACACACUGUCUCAGAGCAGAGAGGUAACAUACGCAAUGGUUUCAGUUGUUAAUCGCAUCAUAAGCGACGUGUCCAAUGUCAACAUGCCAUCCGUUUCGCCUCUUUGGUACAACCAAUCUGGUCCCUUGGUGCCCAGUCUCUGCAAUCCAUACGACUCCGACAAGAGAGACCGAAAGUGUGUGACCGGGGAACUCAACUUUGAAAAUGCAACCCAAGUUUGGAAAAAUUACGUGUGUGAGGUUUCAGCAGACAACAUGUGCAGCACGGUGGGGCGUUUAACGCCGGAUUUGUACAGCCAGAUGAAAGAUGCCGUGAAUGUGAGUGGGGGUUUGUACCAAUACGGUCCGUUCCUAACUGAUUUACUUGACUGCACGUUCCUUCGAGGCACAUUUAACUCGAUACACGACCACCAUUGCCCAAACCUGUGUCGGUUCAGCAAGUGGGUCUACAUUGGGUUGGCUCUGGUUUCUGCUGCGGUGUCCCUUUCGCUCAUCUUCUGGGUGAUCUAUGCCAGAGAAAGGAAACACCGUAAGUAUUACGCCAAACUUGAGGAUGCCAGAUCUGGGUCCGGUUCCCCAUUCCCGGCGGGCAAAUGAUGUAAAUAGUUUAAUAUGCAAUAGGAGUCCUUAUGAAUUAUAUCAUACUCAAGAAAAAGUCAGUGCAGUUUUGGUAGUAUAAGAACAAUGAGAUCAUAAUGAUUCCAUGAUCAUUAUUGGUGAAAUUAAGUCCCAUUUAGCGUGUCUACGUUGUCGAGCCUUUUGAAGGCAACGUUUACACCGAAUAUGGGAAAAUUCCAACGCACUCGAAUGCAUUUACAUUUUCCAGUUGUAACUUGCAAAACACAUUUGACUUAUUUUUGGAGAAAAUAACUUUUUUUAGUAUUG